GCAUACUCAGCCAUCAGACAGCCAAAGGACUCUAAAGAACUGACAAGGGUCACCAAAAGAUCUGAAGAAAUCCUCUCCCCCAGACAAUCGCCAUCCAUCACGGCAGCUGAAGAAUACAUUGAAGAUAUUGUGUCGCUCUGCGGUGGCCCGACACCCAUGAGAAAGAAGACCGAUCAACUCUAACCUUCAAAGGAUUUAAUAACUAAACCAUUUAAAGCCCAUUAAAAUGAAGGCAUUCAGCAUUGCAGUUGCAGUGACACUCGUGCUCGCCUUUAUUUGCAUUCUGGAGAGCUCCGCCGUCCCAUUCACCGGGGUGCAGGAGCUGGAGGAGGCAGGGAGCAAUGACACUCCAGUUGCGGCAUAUCAAGAAAUGUCAAUGGAAUCGAGGAUGAUGCCAGAUCACAUCAGGCAGAAGCGCCAGAGCCAGCUCUCCAUGUGCCGGUAUUGCUGCAACUGCUGCAAGGCCAACAAGGGCUGUGGCUUCUGCUGCAGGUUCUGAAGAUUCCCGCAACCACCUUGGAAUAUUAAUUUAUUACGCUUUUAUUGUCUUAACCCCAAGAAAACUACCUUUUCUUGACUUCUUUCUCCAAUGCAUUGCCUGUGCUACACUGUUUUGUAUCAUUGUUUUUAAAGGAGGUAUGAUUCAUGCAAGAGCACUGGGAAAAAAUGUAUUUAUUUUCUAUGUUUUUAAUACUUUCACCCUGUAAGUCUUUUUGUAAGCUCAAUGAUAUGUAAAUUUCUAGUUUCUAUAAAUAAUCCAGAUGAAACUGUUUCUUCAUCUAAAUUAAGUCUAACAAGUUAAUAUUCGGUGCUGAAUAAAUAAUUAACAUGUUGAAGCAACUACAAAA